GAGUCUGAAUUUUGCAAAAGAGGGUGGUCCGAAUUCGUGGAGGACAGAAAACAAUGGGAAAAAGAAUGUUUAAAUGAAGAUUUUAUAAAAAUAUCACAGUGUUGUAGCGAGACAGCUGAGUAUCUAGAAAAGAGAUAUGAAGACUACACAAAGCUUUGCCCUAUUGUAGAAGAAAAAUGCACCUGUCAUUUUGAUAAGCAAAGAAUAGACAGCGUGACCUACGAGAAAAUGUCCGGCCCAAUAUCAUGGACAAAGCCAAAUAUUUCAUGCCAGCAUAAGUUUCUAGUUCAUAGUCUAAAGCCCCGUUUACACGACAAGUGUUUUGGGUACGGCACUCUUAAAUUUAGGUACGCGGGCCGUUGUUUCUGAAACGGUCCGCUUCGUUUACACGACAAGUUUUAAGAGUACUUGUUUUAUGAACAGGCACCCCUUUCUUAACGGCACGGUCCGCUUAAACAUGAGCCCCCGUAAAAAAUUGCCAGCAGAUUUGCAUAAGAAAAUAAAUAAAUUUCGCGGGAUAUUUCAAAAUGGUGAACAUAAAUGCUUUUGUGUGGUUCUUUUUUAUGAAGCGAAAAAAAAAUUCAGAAUGCGUUAAGAGUAAAAGGUCUCGUGGUCGUGUAUCAAAAAUAUCUAAAGUCAGUAAAGAUCGAAUAAACAAACAUCGGCUUGCUUUUGCUGAAGCUGUUUUGGCAUACAUACAUCGUUCGAGAACAAGGUCUGUGUGGAUGCAUCCGAGAUCCCUAAUUUGGUUCGACAUGGUUGAUCAAGCAUUUAACGAUGAGCUGUGGUAUACGAAUUUUAGAGUGAAGAAGGAAACGUUCGAAUUAAUUCUUAAUGAAAUUGGGCAGGAUAUAAAUCGAAAUAAUACAUCUAUGCGAGAUGCAGUGUCCGCAAAACGGCGACUUGCUCUUACAUUAUAUUACCUGUCAUCUACUGCUGAAUACAGGACAAUUGGGAAUUUAUUUGGUGUAUCGCGAUCGUUUACCUGCCAGUGUAUUCCUGAAGUGUGCAGUUCUAUAAUAAAGCACUUCUCAAAGAUGAUAACUUUUCCAAAUGGAGAAGAUUUACUUCAAGUUAUACACGGUUACGAAGAAAAAUGGGGGUUUCCUAUGUGUGCUGGAGCAAUAGACGGAACACACAUUCCUAUUCUUGCACCAACGGUAAACCAUGCCGAAUACGUCAAUCGUAAAGGAGUUCAUAGCAUAAUUAUGCAAGCUGUCACUGACUGCAAUUAUCUGUUUCGCGACAUUGUAAUCGGUUGGCCAGGCAGUGUACAUGCUGCUCGUGUUUUUUCCAACUCUACAUUGUUUAAAAAAGGGAAUGCACAACAACUUUUCGCUAACGACCUCGUAAAAGAAAUUUGUGGGGUAGAAAUAUCACCAUUUCUUAUAGCUGACCCAGCUUACCCUUUCCUUCCCUGGGUAUUAAAAGGUUAUCCCAGAAAUCAAGCAUCUCAAGACCAGCGAAAAUUCAAUUAUAACCUUAGUCGAGCACGGAUGACGGUGGAAAACACUUUUGGGCGGUGGAAAGGGAGAUUCAUCAGGUUUCGCAAACAAGUGGAUAUGGAAGUAACUUCUUUAGUGAUUGCCGUGCAUGCAUCUUGCAUUUUGCACAAUAUUUGUGAGCGUCAAAACAAUCAAUACCUGCCAAACUGGGAGGUGCCCGAAGACCCCCUGAUUAUGCCAAUAGAUGAUAUUGAUGACGCUGAUGCACCUGAUGCCGAGAGCAUUCGCAGUGCAUUGAACGAAUACUUUUCUUCAUAAUACUAUCAAACAUUCCCU